UUUCUUUGACGCGUAGAGGAAGUUGCCCUUCUUUCUCAUCCGCUUCGAGAAAAUAGUAGUGUGAGGUGACGGCGUGCGCCUCCUAUCUAGUCGGUGAAUACGGUGAAAAAUGGCGGAUACGUUGACACUCUUUACUACCAUUGGACUCAGUGAGCUGAAAGCGAAAGAAACGCUGAAAAAUGAAGCGCUGAGUUCUGCACUGAAGGACGCAAUUACACAGGUCCAGCGUGUUCAUGGGGUAUCAGGAGUGGACAAAGGCAUGGGUACACUGCUGUAUAGUAUGGUAUCUCGCCUUAAAGACACCAAACGCCUGGCUUUCCUUUCAGACAGUAUAGCUCAGCACAAAAUCUGCACAGAGCUCCAACUGACAGCUGCUUUGGACUUUGUGAAGAGUCAUCCUCAGGAUCCCAUCAACCAGAAUGAGUUUGAAGAAGCAUGUGGAGUGGGCAUAGUCAUAACACCGGAGCAGAUUGAAGAUGCAGUGGAGUUGGUGAUCAAGAAGCACAAGGAGCAGCUGUUAAAGGAAAGAUACCGCUUCAACAUGGGGCUGCUAAUGGGAGAAGCACGCUCUGCCCUAAAAUGGGCUGAUGGCAAGGUCAUCAAAAAUGAAGUGGACAUGCAGGUCCUACACCUCUUAGGACCAAAGACCGAGGCUGACCUGGAGAAGAAACCUAAGCCCCAGAAAGCUAAAGUUGCAGAGAAUGAGGUGAAGAAAGAGGAUGUGGCUGUGAAUGGAGAGCUGAUGUCCGGGGAGGGAAAAUCGCUAAUAGAACAGCUCAGAGGAGAGGCACUGAAGUUUCACAAACCAGGAGAGAAUUAUAAUACUGAGGGUUACGUGGUCACACCAAACACAAUGUCCUUGCUUAAAAAGCACCUGGAGACCACUGGUGGACAGAUACGCACUCGUUUUCCUCCCGAGCCCAACGGUAUCCUUCACAUCGGCCAUGCCAAAGCUAUUAACUUCAAUUUUGGUUAUGCAAAGGCAAACAAUGGAAUUUGCUUCUUGAGGUAUGAUGACACAAACCCUGAGAAAGAGGAGGAAAAAUAUUUCACUGCCAUCAAGGAUAUGGUGGAGUGGCUUGGCUACAAACCCUAUGCUGUCACACACGCAUCAGACAACUUUCAGAAACUCUAUGAACUUGCAGUGGAUCUUAUUCGCAGGGGCCAUGCGUACGUGUGCCACCAGAAGGGGGAGGAACUGAAGGGCCAUAACGCCCCUCCAUCACCGUGGAGAGACCGACCUAUCGAAGAGUCCUUAGUGUUGUUUGAGAGGAUGAAGAAGGGCCUGUUUGCUGAGGGAGAGGCUACACUCAGGAUGAAGAUGGUCAUGGAGGAUGGGAAGAUGGACCCUGUGGCGUACCGAAUCAAAUACACGCCGCAUCACCGAACAGGAGAUGAAUGGUGCAUCUAUCCCACUUAUGACUACACCCACUGUCUGUGUGACUCUAUUGAAAACAUCACACACUCACUGUGUACCAAAGAGUUUCAGUCCAGGCGUUCAUCUUAUUACUGGCUGUGUAACGCUCUGGAUGUGUACUGCCCUGUCCAGUGGGAAUAUGGACGCUUAAACCUCACCUAUACUGUUGUGUCGAAGAGGAAAAUCAUCAAACUGGUAGAGACCGGCACUGUCAGAGACUGGGACGAUCCUCGUCUCUUCACUUUAACUGCGCUUAGAAGAAGAGGUUUUCCACCUGAGGCAAUUAACAACUUUUGUGGACGGGUCGGAGUCACAGUGUCCCAGACGACAACGGAGCCCCACCUACUGGAGUCCUGUGUUAGAGAUGUGCUUAAUGACACUGCACCUCGAGCCAUGGCUGUGCUGGAACCACUCAAAGUCACCAUAACUAACCUUCCUGAAGACUCAUGGUCAGAUGUAAGAGUACCAGACUUUCCUGCCGACGAGACCAAAGGCAGCCACACGGUUCCAUUUACAAACAUGAUCUUCAUUGAACAGAGUGACUUCAGAGAGGUGAUGGAGAAGGGCUACAAGCGUCUGACCCCAGAACAGCCUGUAGGCCUGAGGCAUGCUGGGUGUGUCAUCUCUCUCCAGAAGGUCAUCAAGGAUGCUCAGGGUAAAGUGGUGGAAUUAGAAGUGACCUGUUGCAGAUCUGAGAAAGCAGAGAAACCAAAGGCCUUCAUCCACUGGGUCAGCCAGCCGCUUGUGUGUGAAGUGCGCCUCUACGAGAGACUAUUUCUGCACAAGCAUCCAGAGGAUCCGUCUGAGGUGCCCAAUGGUUUCCUGAGUGACAUUAACCCUAAUUCCCUUCAGGUGAUCAGCGGUGCCUUAGUGGAUACCUCAGUCAGAGGAGCAAAGGUUUUUGACCGAUUCCAGUUCGAGAGAGUUGGCUUCUUCUCCCUGGACCCUGACAGCACCACAGACAAGCUCAUCUUCAAUAGAACAGUCACCCUCAAAGAAGACCCGGGGAAGAUCUGAUGGGCUGAGUUGAAGCCGCACUUCUGUUUCUCAAGAGCCCACAAAUAAACGUCCACAUUCUUUGUAUCACUUAAUGCUUAUAUCAGCAAAGGCACAGUGUGCUUAGGCUGAGACUGACUAAAAUCAGAUAUUGUAACAAUGUUCAUAUUUUUAAGCUUCUGUUAAUCUGUCUCACUGCAACUGGACAAUGUAUUUCUUUUUCCUUGGCUGUCAGCUGUAUACUUCAUAAGAGAAUUAUGGACUACAAAUUAACGUUUGUACCUCUUUUACCAAUUUCAAGCUUGGCCAGCGUCAGAGUCCUGUAGGUUUUUUUUUUUUUUUCUGUAUCUGCUAUAACAAUAUUCGCAUAGUGUUUUCUCUUUGUUGAUUAUAUGCAACUUUGAUUAUUAUUCAACAAGGACCUCACAUAGUUAAAUUUUAUAUUGUCUCUAAGCUGGUGUUACACAGAGAAGAUGCUUUCAGAUUCCAUAAAUGACUUUCAUACAAAGAUGGUGGGACAGUGCCAAACUGUGUUUUAUUUAAGAUGGGUGCGAACACGGGAAUAAAUAAUACUAUUAAAAACUUCAGUGCUUCUGUGUCGGUGAGGAUACACUGGUAUAUUUUUAAGUCAAUAUCCACUAUUCUCCUACAAAUGAUAUUUUAUAAC